GCUGCGCAUGAGAGCAAGCAUACCAGCAGCAGCAGCAUGGCCUCUCGGCCCGCUGGUGCUGACGCUCGCCGUCUUCUCGGCGAUGCCUCGCGUCGCGCUCCCCAAGGAACCGAGGCUGGUGCUCCCGCCGCUGCCGGCAAACUCGCAGCUGCAGAUGAAACUUAAUUGCCACAACAUCCCUUAUCCCUCCGGCUUAAGAGGGAAGCCUGCCCCGGCCGGGUUCGUGGUAACAUGCGGGCCAAACAACGAGGCCAUGCUCCGGAUCGGCAAGCAUAGACACAAAAUCGACGAGGUGUCGGUGAUGGAAUCCUACAUCACCAUACUUGCAGGCCCCAUCAAACAGGCGUGCUACGACCGCAGCGGCAGGCCGACGCAGAUCACCGGAAUCGGCGCGAUGAACCUGGAGGCCACGCCCUUCUCCUUUUCCAAGCGCAACGCACUCGUCGGCACCGGCUGCAACUACUGGUUCGUCGCUUACUUCAGGAGCUCGUCGGGUGGUGAUGCGCAGCCCACGACCGUGACUUGCGGAACCUGGUGCAACGGAAGCUCUGACAGCAUCAUCAACGGCUCGUGCGCCAAUCUGGGCUGCUGCAAGGCCGGGAUGCUGACGGAUGGAGCGAAGGAAUUCGCCUUGACGUUCAACAGUUCAUGGCCAUCACGGCAUGUCUCCGGCGAGGAGGCCAGCACCUGCAGCGCCGUCUUCUUCCUCGACCAAGAUGAGCAAGUCUUCACCGGCGCCGGUAGUUCCAGGAAGAUGCCACUGAAAGAGGCGCUAGUACCGCCCGGUCACCGCAGGAUGGUCUUGGAUUGGGCGAUUCCGGGCAACAACUGCGAGCAGAGUCUGCUCCUCGCGGCACAGUACCAGUGCAGCAGCAUGAGCACGUGCAUCGACGUGCCCGGCGGAGCGGGCUAUCGCUGCAGAUGCAACGCAGGGUACGACGGCAACCCAUACGAGCAAAACGGGUGCACAGAUAUCAACGAAUGCCGGGACGUCGGUAGCAACAACUGCAGCAUGAUCUGUAAUAACACUGACGGAGGUUACGCUUGCUCUUGCCCCCGGGGCAUGGUUGGCGAUGGGUACAGGACAGGGACAGGCUGCGUCGAUCCGCCUAUGACAAUGACACCCGGUCAAGAUGUGUGUGCUCACCCGGAAAAGAAUCCUUGCAUGCACAAAUCGUAUUGCAAGGACGAAAAAGGAGUGACUUCAUGUAAUUGCCCCAAAGGCAUGAGCGGCGAUGGACGGCAGGACGGAAGUGGCUGCAAAAGGGACUUUCCUUCGGAUACUGCUUUGGGUGUAGGCCUUGCCUUUAUGGUUGCACUUGGUACAACAUUGAUGUGCUACUACUGGACAGUGAAGAAAAGAAAGGUGGCAAAAAAGAGAGCAGAGUUGUUCAGGAAGAAUGGAGGCUUGCUACUGCAGCAAAGAUUUUCGAUGAUCACAUCUCAAGGUGAGGACUCAUCAGCGAAGAUAUUUAGUGCUGAAGAACUCAAGACUGCCACGGACAACUAUAAUGAGAGUCGCAUCCUUGGCCGAGGAGGAAGUGGUAUGGUUUACAAGGGUGUCCUUCCGAAUAAUACCGUGGUUGCCAUAAAGAAGUCCAUCUUGUUUGAUGAAAGCCAGGUGGAUCAAUUUGUCAAUGAGAUCACCAUAUUAUCACAGAUCGAUCACCCAAACGUUGUCAAGCUUUUGGGAUGCUGUCUAGAGACAAAAGUUCCACUGUUAGUUUAUGAGUUCAUACCUAAUGGAACGCUCUUCCAGCACAUCCAUAAUAGGAGUUCUUUAACAUGGGAAGAUUGCUUAAGGAUAGCUGAAGAAACAGCAGAAGCACUUGCAUAUCUACACUCUACAUCUUCUACACCAAUCAUUCACAGAGACAUUAAGUCAAGCAACAUACUGUUGGAUGAGAAUUUCGUGGCUAAAAUAUCAGACUUCGGUGCAUCAAGAUCAGUCCCAUUCGAUCAAACCCAUGUAACAACUCUAAUUCAAGGAACAAUCGGUUAUCUUGACCCUGAAUAUUUCCAAAGCGGCAAGCUCACAAAGAAGAGUGACGUUUACAGCUUUGGAGUGGUUCUUGCAGAGCUAUUGACAAGGCAGAAACCAAUUUCUGCAAGCAGGCCGGAGGAAUCCUGUAACCUAGCCAUGUAUAUUGUGAUUUUAUUCAAUGAAAGGCGCCUACUAGAGGAGAUAGAGCCACGCAUUCUGGCAGAAGCAGGCGAAGAGCAGAUAUAUGCUGUUGCGCAGCUCUCCGUCAGAUGCUUAAACUUGAAGGGAGAAGAACGCCCAGCUAUGAGGGAAGUGGCUUCAGUCUUACACGAGCUAAGAGAAUCAUUCAUCGAGGAGCAAACUAGCAGAAGAAGCGACGAUUCAAUGCAGAUGAUUAAUGAACAAGUGAGUGUACAAACUACACAUGGUGAGGCAAGACCGAUUUCCAGCUUGCAAUCUUCGGAAGAAACCACGCAGUACAGCAUGCCGGCCGAAAUACUACCUUCUAAUUUGGCCAGAUGAUGUUCUUAAUUUCUUAUUACAACACAAUAAUCAGACUCGCCGAUUGACAACUUAGGGAACUAUGUAACUCUUUUGUGUUUAGGUCAGCAAAAUCAACUUUUUAUGCGUGCGUGCGUUGCUGGCUUUUAUUACCUGGUUUACCCAUGAAAAAUCCAAAGGAGAGCCAGAGCAGUUCAUACC